AUGGCAGAGGGAAAUAACAAAGAGGAGGUCCUUCACUUGAACAAUGUUCACAGCCAUGGAGGAGAAGAAUGGAUGACUGAAAGAGAUUGUCCCUUAACCAUAUCUGGAUCUGAUGAGGAAGGGAAUCCAGCGCUACUUAAGCCUGCUACUGAGCAACAUGAAGAUGACUACGUGUAUGAUGAUGUCAUACUGACAGAAAACCAUAAACCUCAAACAUACCGAGCCAGUGUCUUCAAAUCAGCUGCCACGUGGCAAGAUCUGAACAGAUUGGGAAAAGAAAGGCCCAAAAAGUCUAGAGGAGACUCUGAAACAGAUACCCACAGCAGUUUCUACUAUUGUAACAAAUCAUUGCUUGGUCCUGGGGCACAGGAUGAUUCAGAGGAUGAAUAUCAUGGAUUUCUGAAUCUUGAUUGUGGCAAAAACGAAGCCAAAACUGAACCAAGCAUUAAGCAGACAGCAAACAACACAGUCAACCCCAAAUUGGAGCAGAAAGACGUUAGAUUGGGAGAAAAUGGCCUGCUUUUUCCAGAAAGUGAGUCUCUGAAAGCUCAGAAUCAAUCAUCUGAAGACUCACAGACAGAUUCAUCAAAUCCUGGAGAGACGGCUACUUCAGUAGAUGACCAGGUAAUUGAAGGAGAACACUGGCUUCACCACCCUUCCUUCCAAGAUCUAAAUCCCCAGCCUCAAGAAAGAACGAACCAGGUUGUACCCAAAGAGACUCAUUAUGAAGCAGAAAUGGGCACAACGGUCUUGUGGCAAGAUUGCGCAGAACCUGCUUUUCCAUAUCCAGAACGCCACCAAAAGGGGAUCCCUGUUCCUUAUUCUCCUCAGGAAGCCCAUCCUCGGGGAGAAGUUGAAGAUCAACACUUAAUACUUGAUGAAGACACUGGAGUGGCUUUAAACCUGCGAGAAACUCAGGUGGCCAAUUUGAAAAGCACGUGGGGACAAGGAGCUGAUGAAAUAGAUCAAGAACUUGUUACAUUAUUAGUGAAAGAAACAGAAGCAAGAUUUCCAGAUGUAGCAAAUGGAUAUGUUAAAGAGAUCAUUCAUUUGAAGGAUUACUAUGAUUUGAAUGUACUUUGUAAUUUUCUUCUGGAAAGCCCAGAUUAUCCAAAGAGAGAAGAAGACUCAGUUAUUAUCCAACCCAGUAGCAGCCUGCUUGUCUCUGAGGGUGAUGUGAUGUUGCCUAAAGUAGACUUUUUUGACUAUUCCAAACUGACUCCACUUGACCAACGAUGCUUCCUUCAAGCUGCAGACCUUUUGAUGGAUGAAUUCAAGAUGCUCAGCAGUCAAGACAUCAAGUGGGCACUACGUGAGCUCAAAGGACACUAUGCAAUCACACGAAAGGCCUUUUCUGAUGCUAUUGAAAAAUGGCAAAAAGACUCAUCUGAUCCCAGUGGAAAACAGAAAAAGAAGAAAGAAAUGAAUCGGUCUUCUUUCAUAGAUUUCAAAUUUGAACAGGGCAACAUAAAAAUAGAAAAGAGGAUGUUCUUUUUGGAAAACAAGCGUCGACAGUGUAGGUCCUAUGACCAGAAAGACCUCCUUCCAGCUGUGCAGCAAGAGUUGGAAUUCUAUGAGCAGAAUAUCAAACAUAAGGCAGAGCAUGAAGACUUUUUGCUUCCCCUACAGAUGAAUGCAGAACCAUAUGAAAAGGACAGACAGCUGAUUGAGUGUGGCUGCUGCUAUGAGGAGAUUCCAUUUGAGAGGCUGACACAGUGCUCCGAUGCUCACUUGUUCUGCAAAGAAUGUCUCAUCAGAUAUGCCCAAGAGGCAGCGUUCGGGUCUGGAAAGUCAGAACUCAGCUGCAUGGAAGGCAACUGCACAUCUUUCUUCCCAACCAGUGAACUGGAGAAGGUGCUCCCCCAGAACAUCCUGUGCAAAUACUAUGAACGGAGAGCUGAAGAAGAAGUCACUGCAGCCUGUGCUGAUGAGCUGGUCAGGUGCCCCUCUUGUGGCUUCCCUGCUCUGUUGGACAAGGAAAUGAAGAGGUUCAGCUGCCCUAAUAUUGGCUGCCUGAAGGAGACCUGUAGGAAGUGUCAGGGACUUUGGAAAGAGCAUUCUGGCCUCACCUGUGAAGACCUGGCUGAAAAAGAUGACGUCAAGUACCGGACAUCUAUGGAAGAAAAAAUGGCUGCUGCUCGCAUUAGAAAAUGCCCCCAGUGUGGCACCAGCCUCAUCAAAUCUGAAGGCUGCAACCACAUGUCUUGCCGCUGUGGUGCCCAUAUGUGCUACCUCUGUCGAGUUUCUAUUGAUGGCUACGACCAUUUCUGCCAGCAUCCCCUCUCUCCAGGAGCCUCUUGCCAGGAAUGUUCCAGGUGCUCCCUCUGGACCGACCCCACUGAAGAUGAUGAAAAGCUGAUUGAGAAAAUUCAAAAAGGUGCUGAAGAGGAACAGAAAAGGAAGAAGGGAGAAAGCACAUUCAAACGAAUCGGCCCACCACUGGAGAAGCCAGCUGAGAAUGUACAGCACCUGACAUGGCCUGUCCCACAGAACCUGCACCGACAGAUGCCACCAUAUGCCAUUAUGUAUAGAGUUUGCCCCCGACCACGUAUAUGCCCCAUGUUUAACAACGUCCCCAUCAACUUACAUGCUGUGCCAGUAGCCUACGUAAGACGUCUGCCCAACUUGCGUGUAAACUAUGACUUAGGAAACAUGCAUGUGCCCCUGUGUGGUGGUGAUCAUGAUGAAGAUGAUGAUGAUGAUGAUGAUGAUGUAGAGAAUGUUAGAGGUAAUGAUGGAUAUUGGGAUGAUGGUGAUGAUUAUGUUUUCGAUGUUGGUGAUGAUGAUAAUGAUUAUUGGGAUAAUGAUCAUGAUUGUUGUGGUGAUGGUUAUUGGAAUGAUAGUGAUGGUGAUUUUUAUGAUCUAGAUGAUGAUGGAUUAGAUGAGCUAGGGACAAUUGCAAGAAGACUGGAGAACUUCCUAGGAAGUCUGUCUGGGGAUCUCACAACAGACAAACCUGCCCAGAAGGUGGUGUUCCACAUGUUAUCUAUUGCAGAUUAA